UCAUCCCAUUCCCAGCAAUCUAUCUCCUAGAAAAAUAAUCUGAUUCUUUUCACCUAAUAUUAGCUGGAGACGAAACCCUAGAUUUUGUCAAGCUCGAAGAAGAAGAAAUCAUAUGGCAGGAGUUGGACCGAUGACGCAAGAUUGGGAGCCGGUGGUGAUCCGAAAGAGAGCCCCUAACUCCGCCGCCAAGCGCGACGAGAAAACCGUCAACGCCGCUCGUCGAUCCGGCGCCGAUAUCGAAUCCGUCAGAAAAUACAAUGCUGGAACCAACAAGGCAGCCUCAAGUGGCACAUCUCUCAACACAAAGAGGCUUGAUGACGACACUGAGAACCUCGCUCAUGAGCGUGUGCCUACUGAGCUUAAGAAAGCCAUUAUGCAAGCUCGAACUGACAAGAAGCUUACCCAGUCCCAACUUGCUCAAAUCAUCAAUGAGAAGCCACAAGUGAUCCAAGAGUAUGAGUCUGGUAAAGCGAUCCCCAACCAGCAGAUCCUUUCUAAGCUUGAGAGAGCUCUUGGAGCUAAACUUCGUGGUAAGAAGUGAUCAUCAUCAAUUCCUCAAGUUGAACAUCACUUAAUUGCAGUUUCACUAUUCUUAAUGACUGUGUGGUAACAACAAUCAGUGCUUUGAUGUAAUGUCGUAACUUUUCUAAAGAAUAAUCUUUUCUCAUGUAAGAAAGAUAGAACCGUUUGAAUGUUUGGUUGAUAAAUCACUCUUUUCAUAAACAUA